AUGCAGGUGAGGCGAGUGAAGAACAUCCUGAGGAGUAAGUCUCUCUCAAGCAGCAAGCAAGGCCACCCCCGCCCAUUCCUCAAGAUGAAGGUCGAAAUCGACUCGUUCUCGGGCUACCGUAUCUACCCCUCCAAGGGCAAGCUGUUCGUCCGCGGCGACAGCAAGGUCUUCCGCUUUAACAGCUCCAAGACCGAGUCGCUCUUCCUUCAGCGCAAGAACCCGCGUAAGAUCGCCUGGACGCAGGUCUACCGCCGCAUGCACAAGAAGGGCAUCACGGAGGAGGUCGCGAAGAAGCGCUCGCGCCGCACCGUGAAGCACCAGCGCGGCAUCGUCGGCGCCGAUCUCGCGUCGAUCGUCGCGAAGCGCAACCAGACCGCGGCUGUCCGCGCGCAGGCGCGCCAGGCGGCGAUCAGCAAGGCCAAGACGGAGAAGCGCGAGAAGGAGGCGAAGAAGCCCAAGACCUCUGCGCGGCCAAACGUUGCCUCCGGCCCCAAAAUGUCGAAGCAGCAGAUGAAGGGCAAGGGUGGCCGAUGA